GAUUUAUAAUUGACGAUGCCUGAGGAAUUAGGCACCGUGGGCGUGAGGAAUUCAGGCAGCGGCGAUGCGAGGUAGAAGCGCGCAAAGGCAGCUAGUGGUUUUUUGUGAAUUUAUAUUUUGAAUUUAAUUAUGGUUUUACCGUCGUGAAAAUGAUUUAGUAAAUUUAUGAAGACGUAUUUGUCAGUUUUAAUUUUUUAAAGUUGCAUCACUACUUGGAUUGGAUCCACUCAAUGACCCGCCGCCCUUUUCCCUUCCGAUCCCUCGCCGCCGUCGCCACUGCGGACUCCGCCGCCAACGCCGCCGCCACUAUGACCUAUCGUCCACGCUUCAGAGGUGAUCGUUCCCAAUUCGGAAGAGGACUACUGCGAUAGGCGGCCGGUGGGUCCUGCAAACGGAGACCGGCCGGAAUUUGUGUCCGGCGAUUUCCACUUCAGUGCCGUUCGAAAUGCCAACCGCGGCUUCCGGCCGAGCUAUAAUGCUGUCCCUCCGCCGCCUCAAUUGUAUAGACCCGGGCAGCGGUUUCAGCAGCCCGGCCCCCCUAUCGUGCAGGCGGAUCAGCAUCGGGGGCCUCCCCGGUUUAACCGUCCAUCGCAGGCAGGGCCAGCUUCUGGUAACUAUCAGCAGUUUAGACCACAGCAAAUGCGGCAAGCAGUUCAGGCCUAGAGCCACAAAGCCUCUCGAUUAUAGAGAGUGGGAAUACAGGAAACUGAGGCUACCUCCUCAUAGUGAGCGAUUCACUGUUCUCUCUUAUAACAUACUGGCUGACUACUUGGCCACCGAUCACUGGCACCAACUUUACUAUCAUAUUCCCCGCUAUAUCAUGGACUGGAAUUGGCGCAAGAAAAAUAUCAUUUUUGAGCUUGGAUUAUGGUCAGCUGACAUUUUGUGUUUUCAGGAGGUUGAUAGAUUCCAAGACUUAGAGGCAGAACUGAAGUCCCGUGGAUACAAUGGCAUUUGGAAGAUGCGAACUGGUUAUCCUGUUGAUGGGUGUGCUAUAUUUUGGCGUGUUUCAAGAUUCAAGAUGAUUUUUGAAGAAUCUAUUGAAUACAACCGGCUUGGCCUUCGGGACAAUGUUGCUCAAAUAUGUGUGUUUGAGUCUCUGAAUGGGCGGAAUAUCAGUAGUGGGGCAUCUACCCUGUCAACAAGUUCAGCAAGCUCUAACAGAGUUGUUGUUUGCAACAUUCAUGUGCUUUUCAAUCCUAAAAGGGGAGAUAUUAAGCUUGGACAGAUCAGGGUCCUCCUCGAAAGGGCAAAUGCUGUUUCUAAGCUUUGGAACGAUGCUCCCAUAGUUCUCUGUGGAGACUUUAACUGUACUCCCGAGAGUCCCAUGUACAACUUUAUCAAAGAAAAAGAGCUAGAUCUGUCGGAAUUGGCCCGUGAUAAGGUCUCUGGACAAGCCUCUGCUGAAAUAAAUGCACCAAGGCCUGGUUAUUCUGAUUUUCGGGCACGACGUGCUGAUAAUUUUACCCCAGCUCCAGAAGUCAACUCUAAAAGAGUAGAACAACAAGAUUUGCCUUCAGAUGCUCAGAAGCUGCCCCGUCCUAACCUAUCCGCUAAUCCAACUUCUCCAGGAAGCUACUCUCAGCCUGGAUCUUCGAUUUUGGUUGAGACCAUCGAUUCAUGCAGUAGACAACUUAAUGACUUGCCUAACCAUGAUGCGGUAGGCACUUGUGCAACCGAGGGCAUGUCAACUCCAUCUGUACAUCACGGUGUCUCGAAUCAAAGUGUUAGUAAAGUUGAUGGUGACAUUGAGUCCCCUGUUUCGUGCGAUGAAGGCACAGAUGAAAUUUCUAUGUUGGAGUCUUCUAGUAAAUAUCUCCACUCUGAGGCAACUGAAGGAGGAGAAUACGUAGAAUCAGAUUUGCAAACAUUAUCUGAGACCCCAGAUAACCAGAUUAACCAUCAGUGCUUAUCUGGAAAUCAUUCAGAUGAUCUUUCUAUAACUUCGAACUAUAACUCAGGUUCAUCUGAAACUGAGGACCCUUCGAAGAAUUAUUGUGAUGCAAAUUUGUCCGAGCAUGAAGCUGUUGCAAUAUCUGCUUCAGCUUCAAUGGGGAAUGAUAAGACGUGCAGUCUAUCUGCUUCCCUCAAAUCUAGUAGUUCUGAUAUCAUACUGGAUGAGAAAUUUGAGGCCUUGACACUUGAUGAUGCUACACAGGAAGUCAUUGAAGAUUCCGAGUCAUUUUUAUGUGAAUUGCAUUCAGCUGGUCCAAGCUUUCCUUCAACUGAUGGAGAUUUGAGUUCCCCCAACCAAAGGCUGGAGAUUCUAAAUCAAAACCCUAAGCAGGAGAGUAUCUUUGAUACGGAAAAUUUUCGAUUUAAUCCAUCCACUUGGACGCCAGCAGAAAUAGAAACCGCGACUGGUAGAGCAGACUGUAAGGUCAUGGAGCACCCUUUGAAGUUGACAAGUGCAUAUACAGAAGUUGAGAGUUCUUCAGGAUUAAGAGAUUCCAGCGGUGAGCCAUUUGUCACCAGCUACCACAAACGUUUCUCGGGCUCAGUUGAUUACAUAUGGCAUUCUCAAGGUUUAGAAACUGUGAAGGUGCUUGCUCCAAUUCCCAAACAUGUUAUGCAUCAAACUCAGGGAUUUCCCACAAAGAAAUGGGGAAGUGAUCACAUUGCACUGGUUUCGGAAUUCGCGUUCACUAAAGAUCUCUCCUCAGAGACUCCCAAACAAUGACACUCAGUGUCAAAAUGUACAUACACAAUAGUUGACAGUGACACUGCAGGGAAAGGUAAGGCAUCCUCCCUCUCCGUGUCGCCUCUCGAUUUUCUUUAGCUUGUAAUAACUGGAGAGUUCUUGCAUGGUUUGGUCAAAGAUUUGAGCUUCAAGUUUUUUAAUGUUGAAUAGUUUUUUUUGCAGAAUUUUAUGUUUCAAGAUAGGCAGCAAGGUACAUGUGAUCACAUUGUAAGAAUAAUGUUUGGAGGAGUGGGGAAUAAUUGAUAAGAUAUGGAUUCUGCAUGAAAUGAGGAAGAGAAGAAGAAGAAGCUCCCCCACAUGAGUCAUGACCACCAAUGUUUGAGAACCCAAACGUUGUCGUUUUGCCGAGCUGUGUUGGGUCGCUUUUAACUUAGAAAAAAUCUCACAGCUGUGCUGUGUCUGUCUGUCUGUCAUGUUCCUCUUUUCAACUAAUGCCAAAAAACGUGGGUGGGGUGGGGGGGGGGGGGGGGGGGUGAUGCCUAUUGUUUAUUACUAAUUCAUAGUUUAUUUAGCUUUUAAAAAAAAUUAUUUGAAUUUUGAAUGGAUUUGAUGUUUUGAUUGAAUUCUUGAACUCAUGAUAAUCUAAUUAGAUUACGUGUUUGUGUUGA